AUGACAGGACGAGAGAAAGUAGAGGAAAAGCCGCACGCGAAGCUCUUAACAACUCCGACUUAUUACGGUGCCGACAAGUCGCGCGGCAGCGGCGCCGGAUUUCGGUCCAAAGGCUUUGCCAUCACCGACCUGCUGGGUCUCGAGCCGGACUUCCGGGCGUGUCAGCCCGGUACUGAAGUCAGCGCACAGCAUGAGGGCGGUGAUGUGGGUCACGGCACCAGGGCCGGAGGCUUCUCGUUGCCCGCGGGGUCCCUGCCGCUCGGUUUAGGUUUCCUCUGCAGUCUGGCGGCGCAGCAGCCUCCCGGUGCUCCGUGUUUCCUCCCGGGACACAUCCCACUCCUGCAGUCCCGGACAGACAGGCAUUUCAACCAUAACACGGAGCCACAGCGGCCUGACGUCUAUUCCGAUGAUGACUGUCCUUCUGGGGAUCAUAACGAUGAAAAAAGCUCAAGCAACUCCCAGAAACGGAAAAAACGGAGACACAGGACGGUGUUUACUUCUCACCAGCUGGAAGAACUAGAGAAGGCUUUCAACGAGGCUCAUUAUCCAGAUGUUUACGCGAGAGAAAUGCUGGCCAUGAAGACGGAGCUCCCUGAGGACAGAAUACAGGUGUGGUUCCAGAACCGCCGGGCCAAAUGGAGGAAGCGUGAGAAGUGCUGGGGUCGCAGUAGUGUGAUGGCGGAAUACGGCUUGUACGGAGCCAUGGUCCGUCACUCCAUCCCUUUACCAGAAUCCAUCCUCAACUCAGCUAAAAACGGCAUGAUGGGCUCCUGUGCGCCCUGGCUCCUGGGAAUGCAUAAAAAGUCUAUUGAAAUGUCCAAGAAAUCCCCGGAGAGGACCGAAUCCACACACACUGAUCCAUACCACGAGGAGACGAAAGGGAAAGACGGAGACGCCGCAUGGCCGAGACGAGGCUCGACGACAGAGGAGGUGGAGGAUAUGGCCAUCGAUUUAUCCAGCACAUCCAAACAGGACAGCAAGAGCGCUUUGAAAGCCUCGUCUCCUCGUCCGGAAACCAACAGCAACUCUGAAAACGAGAACUGA